AUCAGCUGGCUCACUAAUGGCGAAUCCAAGAUGGCGGACGAGGGGAAAAAAAUAGACAGAAGUGACGCCAAGGUAAAUUACCCGAGUACAGUGUUUGCAUGUGACCUCUCCAGUGAUACAAGGUACAUCAGAUGCGACUUUCCACAAUGCUCUGAACAUGGAACAGCCAUACAAGCCAAGCCAUCAUGGAUACUAAAUACUUUGAGAAAUGUGAGAACCUUGGAAAAUCAUGUUGGAAAAGAAGUUCAUAAUUUCAUGAAAGCACACACCUCAGAAUGUGUCUUCUCUGAUACACCACACAAGAUCGAAAGCCAAAAGAUCAUUGAGUCAAAAAGAUUGCCAGUUGGAACCAAAAAGGUAUUGGUAGUAUUUAACCUCAAGGAUUCCCAGUCACAGCUUGGAGAAUGGCUUGAUUUGUUCCUAAAAGCUGCAUUCCUUGCUGAGUAUGGAGAUAAGAGAAGAGACUUUGUAGUAAUCACCCAAGACUUUGUGAGUCGCUACGAAUUAAUUCAGUGUAUUGCCAGGUUGGAGUUUCUCAAGUCAUAUUCUCCUAAAGUUGAGGUUGUGGGUGUCCUGAGCAGUCAUUCCAGUUGUCAAGGACAGGUUUUCUCAUGUACACCAACCAGCAUCAGUAAAGUACAUGGCUUUGAAGAAUUCUGUUCACUUCAUGACUUGACAUUAGCUUGUCAAGAUGCAUUUGGGGAUAAACUAGAAGGACUUCAUAUAUCGUCUUGUUUUACUCUCAAGCUAGACUGUUCUCAUGAAGAUUGGCCUGUAGAUGCCAGCUGGUUCAAGAAUAAACUCAAAUGCGUUCUUACUGGUAGCACAAGAGAAGUCUAUGAAACGGGUUCACAAAUCUGUGACCUUCAUCUUUUGAUUACCACAAUGUUAAGCCCUCCGAUCGCCUCUUUCUCUGUUGAUUCUUGUGGAGAGAGGUUAAGUAAAGCUGUCUUGAAAGCUCAGACUGAAGAAUUCCCAGAUCUUGCUAGAGAAAUGGGUCUUGAGGUUGUUAAUGGACAAAUGUUGGACUCAAAGCUCCAAACACUGGGCAGUGAUGAUAAGGUCUCUCCUCCAGCUUUGGUAAUAUCAGAAGUCUUUGUUGCUUUGCUUGUAGAGCAACACACUACCUCCAACAGUUCUAGCAACCCAUCCAUAUCAAAAACGCUAGCAGAUGCAGUGUCUGCUAACCUUAGCAUCAGGAAGGCAUCUGACAUACRCUGUACCUUCAUGGUUCUCCCAGUUAUCAUUGAUAAGGUCUCGUCACUGAAAACUAAAUCUUCUUUAAAAGAAAAGCUCAAUGAACUCCCAAGAAACAACGCUAAGGUCUUUUUUGUAGUUCUAAGUCCUUCACUGGCAAACCCGAGCACUGGACUGGUAGAAGUUGUCCGCGGAUGGAGUGCUCGCAGAGGAGGGAAUAAAAUAUAUGGUGUGCACUUCCAAGAGAUCUCAGCAUUGCAAGCUUAUUACAUAAAAAAUAGGCUCAAAGAAGAAGUGGCUUUGAGUAAAUACUCCAAGAGUGUUGAAGAAGGUGAUGAUGGUGGACUAGAACAUAUAAGUGUCACUGGGCUGGUUGAUAGUAGUGAUAAGAAUCCUCAUGUAGCUUUGCCUGUCCUGUUGUAUUUGAUCCAUUUGGCUAUUGGAGAGAAUGGCGAAAGACUAACAGGCAAAGGGAUCCCAUCAGGUGUGUACUCCAAGAAACCAGUUGGUCCAGGAACAUCUUGUUGGACUCUGGAGGAAGUCUACAUGGAAACCUGUCAUGUGCUGUCUGGUUUGGCCAGGAAGUGUUCAUUGCAAGUACUUUCUUUACCUGUAGCUGAACCUGAUGCUAAUGCUACUCCUGUACAACCAAAAUUGGACGUGAACGAGAGAGUUUCCAUCCCAGUCUGCACCACGGAUGAAAAAGGUGUAACAUUACAUGAGAGGGCACCCUCGUGCCUUCUGCGGAGCGAACCAAGGAAGGACUCUCCUCUUUCAGCUCAAAARACAAAAAGAGGACACCAAAGUUUAAGCUCAACUCCAAGCCCCAGCCCCUCUGGGACGUCUAGCAGUGAAGGCACGAUCGAGUUGACACCAAAACAGGAGAGAAUGAUCGCAGACGAAGUAAUUAUUACAAGAGUUGUUCAAGAAGUACGUGGAAGUGCAGAAACUUCAUCGCCUUUGUCCAAAAAGCGAAGCAGAGGAAAUGGUGGACAGAACGAUGAAUCUCCUGCUAAGAGACUUGCUAAUUCUAUGGCUGUUUUAAACCGAAGUACAAGAUCUUGUUCAACUUCUUCUUCUCCUGUUAUGGAAAUCAUUCCCAGUACAUCAGAAAGUCAACGAGAUGUGCCAACUUGCUUUCGAAAUUUAAACGAUUCGUUUGAAAAGGAAUCCUUGUCUUCUUCACUUUCAUCGUUAAAGAAACCCGAAACGUUUUCUCGAAGUAAAACAUGUCUGUCAGAACAARCUGACGUCUGUGCAGCGAACAUGAGAAGUACAAAUAAGUGUCCUGGUGUUGGAAAGUCUUUUCCCAAAUCAUUCAAAGCUUCCCCGCAUAUUGAAAAGAAAUCUUAUUCCUUGAACUUACCUGCUGGUUUGGUUGCAAGUAAUAGUGUUUCAAGUCCAACGUUACGCAGAAAGGUGAAGCCAUCCUCUGAAGUAGACGAUGAAAUUCUCAACAAAAAGGAAACAAUUUCGAGAAAUUAUUUUGAUGGUGAUGCGUUAAUAGACCGAGUAUCUGCAGAAGUGGACAAAUCCAAAAUUCGUCUCCAAAGUCCUAAAAAGCUGAAGAAAACUGAAAGUGCCUCUGUUGAAAAUUCAUGUGAUUCGCUUAUUAAGGUUGUUGUGGUCGAUGAGGAAGAGGAAGAUGCAGAAAUGCAUAGUGAACACGUAGACUCUGGAGAAACUCUAAAAAGAGAAGACACUGCUGAUAAUUCCAAAGCAACCCAAGCAAAUUUUUCUCCUCUGGAAAAAAAUAAGUAUCCUAACAACAGAAAACAGUGUCUCCUCACGAAAAUCAAACAACUUCAAACACCGAAUACCCCCAGUACGUCAUCAAACCAACAAGAGAAAACAGUUAAAAGACAAAAAAUAUUUUCAAGUAAUGAACAAAGAGAAACGGCAGAGGACAAUAAUUUGGKCGAAGAUCAUGAAGUUUAUAGAGUUGCUACAAGCCCCGUGUCUGAGAACGAAGACGUUGAAACCAGUGCAAGCCCAGAUGUAAGACCAAAAGAGAAAGGCCAAGAURUUCCACUGAUGGCAAACGUAGAAGAGGUGCAUGUUACUCACUAUGUUCUUGAUCUGGCGGUAGACUUUGAGCAGAAGGUCAUGAAAGGGAGUAUAGUGUUGUUUCUAGAACCUGCUAACGAUGAGGCUACUAAAAACACGUUUCAGCUUUGCUUGGACAGCACUCUUGUCAAUGUUGAAUCUGUUUCUGAGGUCUUUUUGCCCGAGGAUUUUAAGGUGCCGUUCUUCUGGAAGAAAUCUUCUGGAAGUUCUGGAUCACCAAGUGCUGUAAAUGAAAACGAUGCCAAAAGAGAAGGCAUUUCUUCGUGUGAUGGAAGAACGGAUGAAAAUGAAAAGUCUUCUGACAAGAAAAAUGUUAUCUUAUCUUCUGAAGGCUCGGAACUCUCGUUAUUUCAAAGAUUACAAAAAAAUUACGGGAUUGGAUCAAAAAAUAGUGAAUCCGAAUCCAAAUCCUCCCCAAUUGAUUCCGAAUCAUCCGUAACCACUUCUGAGUCAAGUCAAAUCCAUUGCAAAUCUCUGCAAAACAGUCCCGAAUCUACCCACAACGUUCCCGAUUGCUCUCGAUUAAAUUCCGAUUCCUCUCGAAUCAAUCCCGAAUCGUCAAAGGAUCAGUUAUCUGAAGAUGUUGGCAUAAGUAGUUCUUCUGAUGGCGUAACAUCGGGCAGUAAAAACUCAAAGCAGGAUUCCACAUUACCUGGAUUCCUGGAAAUGCUUGGUGCAAAGUCUUCAGAUCCUCUUCCAUACAAAGGUCUGACAUACUCUGUUUAUGGCUGGUGUAUUAAAGUGUGGAAGGAGGGGGCCACAGGCAAGUCAUGGCCAAGAUGUGUGUGUAUCAGGUACCACACCUCUCCUGAGGGACAGUCACUCAUGUGGACACGUGACCAGGACGGCAAGCCGUGUGUAUUUUCACCCGGUGCGUACAUCAACAAUCGCUCCCUCAUGCCAUGCCAAGAGCCUCCUGUUGCCAUGUCAACGUGGCAAGCAGCUAUUCACGUGCCUCAAGGCUGCAUGGCGUACAUGAGUGGUUGUCCAGUUGCUGUUGAUAACAAAUCCUCAAGGGAUCCCGAACUAGCACAGCACAGUACACCACAUCACAGUACACUAAAUCAAAACACCACACCACCUGACGUCACAUCUCAGCACAGUACACCACAUCACAGUACACUAAAUCAAAACACCACACCGCGUCAGAUCUCAGCACUUCACACCACAUCACAUCCAAAUUUAGCGUUUUUAUCUCAAUCAAUUUUGGCCAGUGAUAGCAGCCUGAGACUACGUGUAGCACAUGAGGUAUCUCACGCGUGGUUUGGGCUUUUAAUCGGCGCUAAGGACUGGACAGAAGAAUGGCUGUCCGAAGGGUUUGCUACCUAUAUGGAAGAUACCAUACAAUCAAAGGGAGAAAAGUGGCUCGAGCAACAAGAUCGGCAAUACCGUGAGAUACGACAGAUCUUAAGAUAUCGCACCCUGUCCUCAGAGAUGAGAGAAACAGAUAGAAACAUGCAGUGUCUAAGGCCAAAGAUGACCAAGUUCAACGUCGUCGAAAUGGCAGAAGAACCUACUAGGAGCAACCCUGAGGAUCAACCCCAACCAUCUAGCAUCAUCCAGUACAAGUGCUCCAAAAAAUGGACCCAAGUUCACUACCUCAAAGGUUACUUUCUUCUUAACCAUCUGGCCAACAUUGUUGGACGAGAAAAUUUCAAUCGAUUUCUUUACGAGUACGUAGAGCAUUACCAAGGACAACUGGUCAACUCUGAGGACUUCUUCGAGUUUUUCGUGCUAAAAUUUCCAACAGUACUCUCCCAAACUGUAGAGAGUAUAAUGGAAGAAUGGCUAGAACGACCAGGAAUACCAAAGUGUCUCAGGCGAAAAUCGUUCGCAAGCAAGGAAAACGUUCUUGUCAACCAAGCUUUGGAAGAGUUCGAGUUUUGGCGUCGACAGGAUACAACGAACAAGAGAAACAGGACGAAGAAUGCAAGACACCGCAAAGAGCCAGAGAACUUUCAACUAGAAACUUCAGAGCAGAUUGUAUUGAUGCUGGAGAAGCUCUUGGAGCGAGAAGGUCUGCUUCACACGACGCUGAGACAGUUAAAUAAGAGCUAUCAGUUCGAGGCUCUCAAUGCCGAGAUUCGUCAUCGCUGGUGUGAACUCGUGGUUAAGCACAAGUUUAUUCCCGGUCUUAAAGAUGUCAGGCACUUUCUGAUCGAAGACCAGGGUAUGGGGAUUUAUUUAUUCGGCGAACUCAUCAUUUCUGGACAAGGAAAGCAGAGACUGAUGGCCGAGGAGAUCUUCGCGGAGAUUGGUGACGAAAUGGAUCGCUGCACGUAUAAGACUGUAUCAGACAUGUUGGAAGGUGUCGAGUAAUUAGUUCUAGAUAGAGCUUCAAAACUGGCUUUGUUUAUGGAAGGUACGGAGAUUUACCACUUAACGCCCUAUGAAUAUUUAAUGAUUAUAUUUAAAAAUACAACUUCAAGGACACAGGGAGCCCAUAGAGACAGUUAGGAAGAGUUGAACAAAUAUUUCUAUUUUUCUGUGUAUCRAACAUAAAUGGAAAAUAAUUCAUAGCUAUCAAACUGCAAUCUUGAUUUUUGAUUCGUACUACACACUGAAGUUUUUUGCAGUGGAGGAUUGUGGAUGGCUCUCGCGCGUACUCGUCUUAAUUUUUGAUUGGUUGAGAGAGAACGCCAUCAAGGAGUCUCUUAUAACCUUACGAUACUUAGUUUACAUCAUCUGUAAAUAUAUUUUUAUAUGUUGUCGUCAUCUCCGCUCGGUUGCACGGUUAAGCUGUCAGUGCAAGCAGUUGCCAUGAUAUAUUUAGAAACACGAAAUGUUUCAUGUAACCAAUGAAAUACGUAGGUAUCAUUUAGACAAUUCUAUAGUUUUCUAAGGCACUGACUAUCAUAAUAAUUUUGCUCGCUGAYAUCGUAAUCAUUAUACGAAAAGUUCCGCCAUCUUGCAUCUCUAAAUUCAAUCCCAAAAAUCCCAGCGGGUUGAGCUUGGUACCAGUCUUUCUUCGAUUGGCUUCCAAGUUUAAUUACCUUAUCGUAAAGCAUUCGGCCUGGUGUCGUAUCUUUUUCGGAUACAGUUAAGGCUUUCUGUCAUUAUUUUUAUUCUUUAUUUGUUAGAAUGUAAUAAUGGUCUAUUUAAUUAUAUUGCUCGUUAUUGCAAAAUGAAUUAUAUUUUGCUCACAUAAAGUUAUAAUAAUCGAUAUAAAAUAUCCCAGCAAUCAAAAAACCUGACUURGAAGAAUUAUUUGUUGUCUAUAGAGUCUUUGCAUCAUCACGUGAUGGCAGCCAUGACAGGAGGCACGACAAUGGAGUCUUUUUCCCUCGGAAACUGAAUUCUUUCUAAUGUAAGAUUAAUGUAGAUUAUAGAUUAGACCRAAUUUACUUGUUCCUGCCUGACCUGUCAUGGCUGCCAUCACUUGAUAGUGCAAAGCCUCUAUUAAAAUUUGGGGAUGAUCCUCAAGACCAACACCACCUCUGUGAGGCGUAGAAUGUCACUUUAAUGUAGUCCAAACACAGACUGUUGUUUGSAUUGA